AUCGGGUACAGCACCUUGCUGCGCAGAUGCGUGGACUUCCGGGCCGCGGUGGUGGACGCCUUCGAGGAGGAUGGCGAGCAGGCCCUCCGCCUCGCCAGGACCUUCUCGAACCCGACGCUCCGGUUCCAUGUCGUGCAGUUCCGGGACGUGAUCGUGGAUGUGAUCACGAAGAGCGUGCCG